CUGCCGCUGAGGUUUUUUGGCUCAUUCGGGGCCCUGUAGCUGAACAGCGGCCGCACGCAUGCGCGGUGCUCAGUCCCUGGCAGUGUCAUGGAGAGCUGCAUCAGGCUGAGCCCUGCGCUUAGGUGUACGGGCCGGGCGCUCAGCACCUCAGCGGCGGGGAGGCGGCAGCGGGCACUGGCUGCGGAGGAGGCGGCGCAAGAGCAAACCACACGGAAAAACUUCGAAGAUGUCCAGAAAGAACGACAAAUUCAGGCCAGACAUUCGGUGUUAAUAGGCUGCCCACCUAAAAUCAAUGAAAGUAAAUUUUUGAGGUUUUUAUCACAGCAUGGGAAAGUAGCCAAUCACUUUUUUUUCAACAGCAAUAGCACUAACGCAGUUGUGGAAUUUGUGGAUACACAAAGCAUAGAUUCACUCCUAGCGGCCACUAAAAUCCCUACUGAUGAGGAGGCCUGUGUAGUACCAUUUAAAUCCAGAUUUAUUAAAAUCAAAGCUAAAGAUUUGGAUCCGCACUUGGUCAAGUUUUGCCCGCAGUCUUCUACCUCUCUAAGCGACUUGAUAGAGAAGUUAUGCACAGCCGAGAAUAUAGAGAAUCAAGCACACAUUCUCCUAGAAGAGCUCCAACUGACAGAGGAAAGCAUCAGACUCCGCUACUUGGUCAGCACAUUAAUAAGUGACAUUGCCACAGCUUACUUCCCCGAAGCCACUGUCUCCCUUUAUGGCUCAAGCGUCAAUUCCUUCGGAAAAAUGGGCUGCGACUUGGACCUCUUUUUGGAUCUAGAAAGUUUAAAAGGCCCUAGAUCCGGGAAGGCUGGGGGUGGCUUCAGUACAGAAUUCUGGAUGAGGAGGGUCUCCUCUAGAAGAGCGGCACAACAAAAGAUCCUCUCUGUCAUUGGUGAAUGCUUAGAUGGGUUUGGCCCUGGGUGUACAGAAAUACAGAAAAUCUUAAAUGCACGGUGUCCUCUAGUACGGUUUACACACCAGCCUGCAGGCCUUCCAUGUGACCUUACAGCAGACAAUAGAAUUGCACUGACGAGCUCCGAGCUCUUGUACAUAUACGGAAACCUUGACAGCCGAGUACGAGCUCUGGUUUUCACUCUGAGAAGCUGGGCUCGUGUCCAUGGAAUCACCAGCUCCAUUCCUGGACACUGGAUCACUAAUUUCUCCCUCACCAUGAUGAUCUUAUUCUUCUUGCAGAAGAGAACCCCUCCUGUUAUCCCAACACUGGAUCAGUUGAAAAGUCUGGCAGGUAAGAAGGACAAAUGCAUUAUAGAAGGCAACGAUUGCACAUUUGUCAGAGAUCUUAACAGAGUGAAGCCGUCCGCAAAUACAGAGCCACUAGAUACGCUACUCAUCGAAUUCCUAGAAUUCUAUGGAAAGUUUGACUUCAAAUCAGAUUGUAUAGAUAUUCGCAAGGGCACAGUAAAGAAUAAGCCAGAAAGCUCUCCAUUAUACAUCCAGAAUCCAUUUGAACAGACACUCAACAUAAGUAAAAAUGUCAACCAAUCUCAGGUUCACAGAUUUGUAGAUUUAGCUCAGGAAAGUGCUUUUAUUUUGCAAGAUCGGAUGAGCCAGUCCUCUAGUAAGAGCAACAAACCCUGGGGCCUGGCUGCUAUACUGCUCAGCUCCAGCCCGGAGACUUCUGCCACCAACAAGAAGAAGAAGAAAGUAGAGGCCCGAGAAAGAAUAGUCAGUCUCUUGGAAUCUUUGAGGAACAAGAGCAACUCCGACAAGACGGACAUCAAGCAGGAUGCAGAACACGGGGCUCUAUGACUCUAGUUUUCUUUGGUUUAUAACAAGCUCAGCAUUUCAAACUUUUAUUUACUAAACCAAUAGUGUCUGGUCAUACCACAACCAAGUGCUAACGGACACUUUAUGGCCUUCAAGCUGUAUUUGACUGAUUUUCAUUUUUGUACUCUUCCAAAAUCCAAUUUUAUAUCUGAACCUAACGCAGAUUACAGGAGCCCAAUACUUUUUUGGGAAUGAACUGGCAAAUGGUGUAUUUUAAUGCAAUGUGGUGGAAAGUGCAAAAGACACUGUAAUGGAAGGCAGCUUGGCUAGCUAUGAAGUCAUUAAAAGAUGGCUGUCCUAGGACAGUUUGUGCAGAGUAAGGAAUGCUUCACUUACUUACAGUAUAUACCACUGACAUUGUGCAGACCUCUAUGAUGUGGGAGACUGUUAAUUAUAUUGCAGUAAAAUGUAGCUGUAUUGUGUAAUGUAUCCACGUUGAACAUCCAAAGUUUAUAAAGUUCUCAGUUUGAUCGGUAUCAGCAACCUAGCUAGUUUCUAAGAAACGAUAAUGGGCAUUGGUGCUAUCAUAAACUAUAGUGUUUCCUGCCGCAGUGACUGCAAUCUUUUUGUGACAAUAUGCACCUUACCAGCUCAAUAGCUGAUAACGAUCCCAUACCUCCCAAAUAUACUAAUUAUUGUUGAACAGUCCUAUUAUGCGGAUUCAUAAGAGGUGUUCACAUGCCAAUGAUUAGAGCUUGCUCACAAUUAGGUGGAGUAUGAGUGGACCAGUAGUGUCGCUCAUUUGGAUCCAAUUUUGCUUGUCUAAAUGUUGGAACCUAUGCAAGCCACUUCAUGCUCUGCAGAGAUAAUGUGUUCCUAGUGGACUUAUAAGCAUUGGUUCAAGCAAAUAAUCUGCUUCCUAUAUACGUCUGGGACAUUCACUAGAGCUUUAAGUUAUUUCUGAAGAAUGAGAGAGACCAGUGUUUCAAUUCUUACUGCAAUAUUAAGAUGUCCAUCUAGUGUGUUGGGUAGUGUCUCAUGGGUGAUAGAAUGUGGUGUCACAGUUGAACUCACAAUGUUAAAGCGGUUUACCAAGAGCUAAAGGCUUCAGAUAAUCCAUGAGAAAUCUAAAAUAGUGGAAAACUGGCAAUAAACAGCGAACAAAACAUAUACAGAUGUCUUUUUGAAGCAUACCCUUGACAGUAAUGAGAGCAUCUUCAGUUCAAUUAAAAAGAAACUGCACAUCAUUGCCUUUUAUAUUCCAUUUUGCUUUGCCAUUUAGUUUGUAAAUGACUUACAUGGAAGCGAAGUACUGCUAUUAUUUUAUCCAAUACAGGUCCCACGUGCCAUCUCACAUCUAACGACAGGCGGCCAGUUAGAUAAUGUCACAAAGAGCACACAGACGACCGUGACUGUCGUUAAUUAGACCGCAGUCUGUCUGGGUCAUAAGUCAGAUAAGGCGUCAGAGUAUGUAAGGUGAAUCUAAUUUUUAUACAGCCCACUAUUUAACAUUCCUUUGGCUGUGCGUUAUGGAGGGUAAUGAUAGAUUUACCAGCUACUGUACCUGUAUCAUUGGAGCAAGCGGCCAGGACUUGUACGUCUUACAUUACUUUGCAGUCAGAGAAAUAGCAGCCAGUGGACCUUCUUCAGCAUCAUACGCCGCUGCGUUGUGAUCGCAUUUUCCCUGGUUCUGCUGCAGUGCGCUCACGCAGAACCCGCACUGCGUGUUUCGGGGGAAAUGCGAUCGCAUCUCAGUGAUGCGAAUGCCUCGGCCUGAUAGAAAACAUGGCCGCCAUGCGCCUCCUUUGCAGCCAGGCUGUGAAGGCAAGGGGGCAUGCCUAGUUCAGCGAUGCGAUCGCUGUUUAAUUGUGAUCGCAUCGCUGGCAGUCAUUUGCAUGCUGGGCGACCUUGCCCUGUGAUAGGCGGCCCCCAGCAAUCGCAAACCGUUCCAGUUUUGAUAAUUAGCAAAACUGCAACCGAUGCUGAAUAAGACUCUCUGCACAGACACCUGAAGCUGCAUACAGUACAUUGUACAGAUUUGCUGUUUCCUAGGUAACAAAGGGUUAUUUUUUCUCUCUUUAAAUUAUUACUAUCCAGACUGGAUUCCAACACCAGGAAAUGGGGAAUCAUUUUUUGCAGUUAGUGGUUUCUUUUUACCCCAGUCUGCAAACGAUGUACUCGCACUAUUAAUGCUUCUCCUGCUUGCUUUGGAUAGGAGUAAAUGGAACAUCAUACUGUAAAUAAAAAUUUACAUUUGGCAGUUUAA